CUCCAAGUCUCCAUCUCAGGCCACUCCUCUGCGCGUAUCGCAGGGCCAUGGUAGGCGUUUCCUUCUUUUCCUCGCGCUUCCUGUUCUUCGUGCUGGCUUGAAGUUUCUGCCUUGACCAUUCUGCUUCCUCGUUACCUUCGUAAUUCAUCUUUACAGUAUCUCCUUUCUUAAUCCCUCGUUGUUUCCUUCCUACCGGCGGGGAAGUAAUAUCUUGGCCGAACAUUUCGACCCUUCAUUCUUUUCAAAAGUAGCCCAUCUAGAGGCUGCCAGAAUUGCAGAAUAGACGCAGGUCGUCGUUGAACCAGUCUCUGUAUCAACUUGGUCUCGCAGCCGAACUCAUACUUUCCCUCGAACUAUUUAUUUCCAUUCAUACUUUGAAAAUGCGGGACAACAUUCUACUCACCUAUGCCCUGGUGGAUAUCCUCUUCUUGGUCUCUGGGGUGCUCUUGUUGGCCUUCGCUUUGACAACACAAUCGAUGGGCCAUCAGACACCAACGGUUACCACCGCGGCACGAGAUAUAAUAUUGAAGCAAGCAGCUCCAGUAUCAGCUACCAUCGGAAAUGCGGUUCUGGUCUUUAUCACGUUCCUGAUCUCUAUUGCCGCCAUGGUCAUGCCGAUGACACGGGGAUGGUUGAAAUUAAAUGGCUACAUGACUGCUGUAUGCGCGCUGUUCACAAUGAUUCUUGGGCUGUCCAUGUGGGUAGACACGCUCAGGACGAGAUCGAACUUGUCUGUUGUCUGGGCCGAUCAGCCAGCAUCGACACAGAGCCUGAUCCAGCAAGCGCUGAAAUGCUGCGGAUAUGCAAACAGUACCUCGCCGCCAUUCGUGGUUGAUUCCCAGUGCCCGAGUGCAGUCGAGGCUGCAACUCAAAUCGGCUGCGUCGGUCCAUUCUCCACCUAUGCCAACAACUUCCUUGAUCCGAUCUUCACCGGAGCAUUCGGUAUCGUCGGCGUUGACGUAGCUCUAAUCCUCGCCAUCACGAUGGUAGUCAAGGACCGCGCAGAGAAGGAACGCUACCGCCACAUCGACGAGAAGAACGGCGCGGGAGCAAUCUAAGGCAUAGAGCAGGGGUGGAGAUGCCGGGAAUAGAAAGCAGUAUUCGUAGAACGGGGCCCGAAUAUCGUACGUCUCUUUACUGACUGAUGGCUUUCUGGCUAGGCCGGUUGGUCUAGCGGAUGGCGCCUUGUCUUCUUGUUCUUAUGAUGCUGCGUCCAGGGCUUCUCCUCUUAUACAAUAAUCCAAUCCCAAUCCAAUCAAUUCAACCAGUUCCCUUGU